ACGGCGCCGUGGUCCUUUUCUUGCUCUGUCGUUCAGCGUGUGUCGGCUGACCCUGUCGAUUUUUCUCUCUUGAUCUGCCAUUUACAUCUGUAUUAAUGUCCCGCUGUCUGUCUCUGUCUCGGUUCGUCCUCGGGUCAUCUCAGAGGAACACACCGCAAGUAAAGGCAUAUGUUCGUGGAGUGAGCAACAGGACAUUUACGCGCUGUUUGCCUGCAGACCUGCAGGUUGGACCACAGCAGAGAUGGAGCUCUCGACCAAAGGCGUGGAGGUCGCAGGCCUCCUGUAUAAACUUCUAUCAGCAGUCUUACUACAGCACCCAGGAAGCUGAGAAAGAACCGGAGGAUGAGCCGCUGCACAACAUCAUCACUGACACUGAGUCAGUUCAAGGUAGCCUCUCCAAACACGAGUUCCAGGCUGAAACCAAAAAGUUGCUGGACAUUGUUGCCAGGUCUCUGUAUUCUGAGAAAGAGGUUUUCAUCCGGGAGUUGAUCUCUAAUGGCAGUGAUGCUUUGGAAAAGCUGCGUCACAAAAUGAUCACAGAAGGAGGUGAAACCGCUCCCAUGGAGAUUCACCUGCAGACAGAUGCUGCCAAAGCCACAUUCACCAUCCAGGACACUGGUGUCGGGAUGAACCAAGAAGAGCUGGUGGCCAACCUAGGAACAAUCGCCCGCUCUGGUUCAAAGGCCUUUUUGGACGCUCUGCAGAGUCAGGCGGAGGCCAGCAGCACCAUCAUUGGUCAGUUUGGGGUUGGGUUCUACUCUGCCUUCAUGGUAGCUGACCAUGUGGAUGUUUACUCCCGUGCUGCUGCUCCAGACUCACCUGGAUACAAGUGGUCCUCAGAUGGCUCUGGAGUUUUUGAGAUUGCUGAAGCCAGUGGGGUUCAACAGGGAACAAAGAUUGUGCUGCACCUGAAGAGCGACUGCCAGGAGUUUUCCUCUGAGGACAGAGUAAAAGAGGUUGUAACAAAAUACAGCAACUUUGUGAGUUUCCCCAUCUUCCUGAAUGGAAGAAGGCUCAACACUCUGCAGGCCUUGUGGAUGAUGGACCCCAAAGAGAUCAGUGACUGGCAGCACGAGGAGUUCUACCGCUACGUGGCUCAGGCCUACGACAAACCGCGCUACACGCUGCACUACCGCACUGACGCGCCACUCAACAUCCGCAGCAUCUUCUAUGUUCCUGAAGGGAAGCCCAGUAUGUUUGACGUGAGCAGGGAGAUGGGCAGCAGCGUGGCUCUGUACAGCAGGAAGGUCCUGAUCCAGACCAAAGCCGCUGACAUCCUGCCCAAGUGGCUGCGCUUCCUGCGAGGUGUGGUAGACAGCGAGGACAUCCCACUGAACCUGAGCAGAGAGUUGCUGCAAGAGAGCGCCCUCAUCAGGAAGCUGCGUGAUGUUUUGCAGCAGAGAGUGAUUCGCUUCCUGCUGGACCAGAGUAAGAAGGAACCAGAGAAGUACGCAAAGUUCUUUGAGGACUACGGCCUCUUUAUGAGGGAGGGCAUCAUCACCAACCAGGAACAGGACGUCAGGGAGGACAUUGCAAAGCUGCUGAGGUUCGAGUCGUCUGCUCUGCCUGCGGGACAGCAGACCAAUCUGGUGGAGUACGCCUCCAGGAUGAAGGCAGGCACAAGGAACAUCUACUACCUGUGUGCCCCCAACCGCCACCUGGCAGAGCACUCACCGUACUACGAGGCCAUGAAGAAGAAGGACAUGGAGGUGCUGUUCUGCUACGAGCAGUUUGAUGAGCUCACCCUGCUGCACCUCCGAGAGUUUGACAAGAAGAAGCUGAUCUCAGUGGAGACGGACAUUGUAGUGGACCAUUACAAAGAGGAGAAGUUCGAGGACAACAAAUCAGCCUCUGAACGUCUGUCACAGGAGGAGGCUGACGACCUUAUGGCCUGGAUGAGAAACGCUCUGGGUACAAAGGUCACCAACAUCAAGCUCACUCCUCGUCUGGACACCCAUCCAGCAAUGAUCACCGUGCUGGAAAUGGGUGCGGCGCGUCACUUCCUCCGCACCCAGCAGUUGGCUCGCACUGCUGAGGAGAGAGCUCAGAUCCUGCAGCCCACGCUGGAGAUCAACGCUGGACACGAUUUGAUUAAGAAACUGCAUGCACUAAAGGACACAAACGCUGAACUGGCUGGACUGCUGCUCGAGCAGAUCUAUGACAAUGCCAUGAUCGCAGCGGGACUGAACGACGACCCUCGACCCAUGAUUUCCCGACUGAAUGAUCUUCUGACUAAAGCUCUGGAGAAGCACUGAUGGCCACGUUCAGACAUGAACAUGAACCUGAGGCUUUUUCAGCCGUCAACAAAAGGCCAAUCAGUGGAGGAAGUACCGAUCAUAUCCUGCUCUUUAUCCCCUGAUGGUGACACACACACACACACACACACACACACACACACACACACACACACUCUUGAAGUGUGAAAGAACAUAUUUAAAAUAGUGGUUAUACUGUGAGAAAUUAAGCUGGAUGGCACUGGUCGUGGUGUUUGUCAAACGUUAGAUGAAAGAAAACUUUACUUUUUUUCCUCUUUUCUCAAAAAUUAAAUGUCAGCUUAGACCAUCACCAUGUAACACAGUAAAGAGUGUAUUUGAAGCCAAGUUAAAACACCUGACAGUGGUUAUUUUAAAGCUUGCAUUGAAAAGUCGUGACUUGUGUUUCUGUCAUUUUUGUUGUUUUUAUUUGUUCACUCCUGUUUGUUUUCUAAGAAAAUAAAAGGUUCACUGUGUAAAUCAGA